AUCACCGUCACGUCACACUCUUGAAUGUGUUGCGUUCCUCAGAGUAUCCACGACUGCCGCGAUGGGCUUGUCUAGCGGAAAGUGCGUCGCUACAACAAGACUCGACAACAAGACUGUCAUCAUCACAGGAUGCAACACCGGAAUUGGGAAAGUUACAGUUCGCGAACUGUACAAACUUGGGGCUCGUGUAGUGAUGGCUUGUCGUGACGUUAAAAAGGCAGAGGAAGCUGCAGAAGAUAUCAAGUCAACAGUGGCCACUCAAGAAACUAAGGAUCUGGGAGAAGUGGUUGUUCAAAAGUUGGAUUUGUCAUCAUUGACUUCUGUACGAGAGUGUGCCAAGAAACUGCUAGAGACUGAAAGCCAUAUUGAUAUACUUAUCAACAAUGCAGGUGUCAUGAUGUGUCCUUAUACUCCGACAGAAGAUGGAUUUGAGAUGCAAUUUGGGACAAACCACUUGGGACAUUUCUUAUUUACUUGCCUGCUACUUCCACGCAUCAUAAGUUCAGCACCAUCACGUAUCAUAACAUUGUCCUCCGUGGCUCAUGCAAGAGGGAAAAUUGAUUUUGAUGAUCUCAACUGGCAGAAGAGGCCUUACAGUCCAAUGGCAGCUUAUGGCCAGAGUAAACUUGCUAAUGUGCUCUUUAGUAAAGAGUUAGCAAGAAGGCUUGGAGAUAAGAGAGUGACCACAUAUGCAGUGCACCCUGGUGUGAUAAGAACUGAGUUGGGCCGGCACAUGGAUAGUGUUUAUUUCAAAGGCUCUCGUCAGCUGGCAGCAACAUUGGGCUACUUUUUCUACAAAACGUUGGACCAGGGAGCUCAGACUACUCUACACUGUGCAUUGGACCCGGAUGUCGGAUCUCAGACAGGCCUCUACUAUAGUGACUGCGCAACCAAGGAGCCUAGUGCCACGGCCCAGGAUGAGGAGGUGGCCAGGAAACUGUGGGAGGAGAGUGCCCGACUGACCGGGGUGGACUGGGACCCUUUCACACAAACUCAGUAACACCUUCACAUCAUUGUCAUUACUGUUUUCUUAAUUUAGCUUUGUUAUAAAUUUAGGAAUAAGUUAUACUUCUUAUUUUAUGUAAUAAAAUGACAUUGCAAAGUU